GCUCUGGGCCGCGGCCGCGCUCUCUGUGGCCCUGGCGGACCGCGAAGAUGGCGGCGCCCAUGGAGGUGGCGCUGGUGUCGGACGCGGCGGGGCCGCUCUGCAACUGCUCGGUCUGGGAGCUUCACUCGGGUUCGGCCCUGCCCGGGUACCGCGGCGGCAACAGCGGCCCGCGAGGGCUGGCGCUGCUGGGCGGCGAGCACCUGCUGGGGGCGCAGCUCGGCAAGAGCUACAUCAACGUCUGGGAGCUCCAGAGGAAGGACCAGCUGCAGCAGAAGAUCAUCUGUCCCGGGCCUGUGACCUGCCUGACGGCCUCUCCCAACGGGCUCUAUGUCCUGGCCGGGGUGGCCGAGAGCAUCUACCUGUGGGAGGUGUCCAAUGGGAACCUCCUCGCCAUCCUGAACCGACACUACCAGGACCUCACGUGCCUCUGCUUCACUGAUGACAGCAGCCACUUCCUCUCAGGGGCCAAGGACUGCCUGGCCCUGGUGUGGAACCUCUACAACGUGUUGCAGGCAGAGCCCUCCCAGAUCCCUGACCCCCGGCACGUCUGGUCCCGGCACAGCCUCCCCAUCACCGACCUGUGCUGCGGCUUCGGAGGGCCCCUGGCACGGGCUGCCACUGCCUCCCUCGACCAGACAGCCAAGCUCUGGGAAGUCUCCUCUGGGGAGCUCCUGCUUUCUGUGCUCUUCGACGUGGGGAUCAUGGCUGUGACUCUGGACCUCUCUGAGUACCACAUGUUCUGCGGGGGCAUGGAUGGCUCCAUCUUCCAGGUUGACCUCUGUGCCUGGCCAGUUCAGAGAGACCGGACCUUCCAGUCAGAGCGGGAGAACACGAAGGUCUUUAAAGGGCACAGGAACCAGGUGACGUGUCUGUCAGUCUCCACAGACGGCAGCCUCCUGCUCUCGGGCUCUCACGACGAAACCGUCCGGCUGUGGGACAUCCAGAGCAAGCAGUGCCUGAAGACGAUGAAUCACAAAGGUCCAGUGACAAACGCCUUCAUUGUGCUGGCCCCUGCCAACAUGUUCAACCCUGAUGGGAAGCCCAGCGUUCCCCUGCCCAAGUUCAGCAGACACCUGCACGGCACCGAGAGCAGCGACGAGCCGGGCACUGAGGGGGUGACACUGCGCCUGGGGCUGCACCAGCAGGAGCCUGGGCAGAGCUACCUGGAGAAGGCAGAGAGGAUGUACUCGCAGAUGCACUCCACGAGGGAAAAGAACCUGGUGGGAGACCAGGAGCACCUGACGAUCCAGGUGAGCGAGCUGGAGGAGGAGGUGAGCAACCUCCGGAAAAUCAACAAGGACCUCUUUGACUUCUCCACUCGCAUCAUCACCAAACCAGCCAAGUGAAGAGGCUCCCCCCCGCCCUCGCACCCCUCCGCCUCUCCCUGUCCGGCUCCUGGGGAAGAACCUGCCCGCCCUCGGGCACCGCCCAGCCGGCUGCGAGCGCCCGGCUCACCUUCCCCUGCCUCGGCACACGCCACCGCCUCCACCUGCUCCGUGAGGCGGGACUGAGAGCGGCGCGGGGACCACCAGGGGACAGCACGGGGACCCUGCUCAGCCCGACUCGGGGCCGGGGGGCACUCGGGCAGCCGCUGCAGGAGGAGCGUCCAGCGUCGCCGGCUCCUGGGAGGGCUCAGGAUGCAGCUCCUGCUCAUUCCCCAACCCUUCCCCUGCCCCUUUUUUGUUUCUUUUCGUUACUUGACCCUGCAGUGCAGACAGAAAAGUGUUUUUCUCUCAAUACCAGUUUGAGAUUGGAUUUUGGAGACCCCCCUUCUGCCCACCCUGUCCUGGGGAUUGCUGCUCAGUGCCACUGGACCCCGUGCUCUGGACAGCAGGGGCUGAGUGGCUCCUGCUCUGGGGGUGAAGUGAGGGUACUGCUGCAACAGGUGUGGGGGUCCCUGGCUACCAGGGCUGAGGAGGGGGCUCCUGCUCCGUCUGGCAGGCAGGGCCUGGGGUGUUCCUGGGCUUGGAGCACAGGUGGUGGUUUUGGGGUGUAGGGUCACUCUGGGAAGGGGUGGGGGGGCCAGCAAGGUGCUAUUUCCAAUCUCGUCAAUCAACAAUUUAUAUAUAUUUGGAUCCAACGACUCUGUUUUCACGGUGUUUGGGGACUCGGCCUUUUGUAUUGUCACAGCAUGGCAGCGGGGGUUGUGGGUUUUGUUUAGGUUUAUUUUUUACAUAAAAGAUUUGUUUUUUAUAGUGAAAGAUGCCCACGUUGGUUUUUUUAACAACCCUUGUGUGCCCACAGACCUUGACUACCUAUCACUGCAUCCCUGGGGCUGCCCACUGGGAGUGGGAAAGUGCUUCCUUAGCCCCAAACUGCCCAGUUGCCUUCACCCUGAGGGUCCCUCCCUGUCCCUACAGGGUGUUGAGGUGUCCCCUGGCCAUCCCUCUUUGUCAUUCCCCCGCCCCCGUUCAAUACACCAAGUGCAGAUGAUUUAAAGUGCAUUUUAAAACCAGAGCAUCCAAGCAUCCCCAGCUCCCGCCAGCUCCCCAGAAGAUGCUUUUAGCUUAAUCACUGGAGUCUGUUCCUUUCCCUUCCUCUCCUGCUCCUCCUCUUCUUCCCAAGGCUUUGGAUCAACAUUCAUGGGCUGCAGCAGGGACUGUCACCCGGAGCCAGGGGCUGCAGUGGGGCAAGAGGUGGGAGCACAUCCCUCCUGCAGGGAGCCCUCGGAGACCCCCAGGGAUGCAGCCUCCAGCCAAGCCCAGACCCCAGCACUCCCUCCCAGUCAUCCCACAUUUUCCCAGUCCCCCCAGUGGAGUUCCUGUUGGGGUGCUGCACUUAGAGCAGAAGGGAGGAUGGGGCUUCCCCGAGAGCCCCCCCUGUGCUGUGCCUGGUGUUUGGGGGGGCUUUUUCAUUCCAAGAUCCUGCUGCCCCUCCUGCGUGGACAGUGGGGGCUGCCCUGUGUUUAGCCCUGUGAGAAGGAGCUGCCAGGGGCCCCAUGAUCGGGGGAUCAUGAUAGGGGAGACCAGCACCCCACGACCCUCUGUGCUCUGGCAGGAUUUGCGCUGCCCUCCCCUCAGGCCCAGCUCCGCAGGGGAAUUCAUUAGCCGUGACUCAUUACAUUUAUCGAUAUUACAUGAAUCGAUACUUUUUGCCAGAUGGAUUUUGGCUCCAUCCUUCAUUUUUCCUUAUUAAUUUAGCGUGACUCCGGCCCCGGUUGCUGUUGUUUGUGUGCC